AUGGCGAACGUUGCAGCGCCGAAUAUCCCACUGGCUCUUGCUUCAGGGUCCCAGGGCCCUGAACACCUCAUUACUGAUGGGUUUGACGCAAACGCACAGGUAACAGAUGAUGGUCGGGUGGAUAUCGCGCUGAACGACGACGACCCACAGGUAGCUAGCCUGUUGGAUGCCCUCCAGCGACAGACAACCCGUCGCCCAUCGCAGAUUCGAAAUGACGGUACUCGCUUUCCAGUUCGGCUAAACGUGGUGAUUCACGUCGUGGGAUCGCGCGGCGACGUGCAACCAUUCAUCGCCUUGGGUCGAGCGAUGAAAAGACAUGGACACCGCGUUAGGCUAGCAACUCAUCUGGUAUUCCGGGAUUUUGUGAAGGAUAAUGGAUUGGAGUUCUUCAAUAUUGGGGGCGAUCCGGCCGAGCUCAUGUCAUUCAUGGUGAAGAAUGACAAGCUUAUCCCAAAGGUGGAGAGCUUUAGGCAAGGGGCGAUCGGAAAACGUCGCAAAGAAAUUCGAGUAAUGCUCGGCGGGUGUUGGAGAUCCUGUAUUGAAGCUGGCGAAGGUCUCGAUAUGACUAGUGACGAGGCAAUCACGGCGGCACCAUUCGUGGCUGAUGCUAUCAUCGCGAACCCGCCCAGCUUUGCCCAUAUCCACUGUGCAGAGAAAUUGGCUAUUCCAUUACAUCUGAUAAUGCCAUGGUCCCCUACUCAAGCCUUUUCGCACCCAUUAGCCAAUGUCCGGGUGGGCGAUACAAAGCCGUCGGUAGCGAAUUUCGCAUCUUACGCUCUGAUGGAGAUGGUCAUCUGGCAAGGUGUCGGCGAUCUCAUUAAUGCGUUUCGUCGCUUCGAGCUGGGUCUGGAGCAGUUGGAUGUGAUGCGCGCUCCGAGUCUGAUUCCCCGGUUGCGUGUUCCCUUCACCUACAUGUGGUCUCCUUCACUCCUACCAAAGCCAGAUGAUUGGCAGGAGCAUAUCGACGUAACGGGCUUCAACUUCUUACCCGCAAACGCUGACUACGUGCCUCCAUCAGACCUGGUUGAGUUCUUGGACGGAGGCCCACCACCACUCUAUAUAGGAUUCGGCUCCAUCGUGGUCGAUGACCCGGAUGCUCUCACCAAGACGAUUCUAGAUGCCGUUGAAAUGACCGGCCAACGCGCACUGAUCUCAAAGGGGUGGGGUGGUCUGGGAGCCGAACAGAUAAAUCGCCCGGAUGUCUUCUUCCUCGGAAACUGUCCCCACGACUGGCUUUUCCCACGGGUUUCCUGUGUAAUCCACCACGGAGGCGCGGGAACCACGGCUGCAGGCCUUGCCCUAGGCCGACCAACUACGAUUGUCCCUUUCUUCGGAGACCAGCCUUUCUGGGGUGCUCUGAUUGCGCAGAACGGAGCAGGGCCGCCGCCUAUCCCCUACAAAAAGCUUACUGCCGAUCGUCUGGCCGAUGCGAUCCAUUUCUGUUUGAAGACUUCCACCAUCGACCAAGCGCAGACACUAGCCGAGAAAAUCCGCGUGGAGGACGGCGCCCGCGAUAGCUUAGCGAGCUUUCAUAGCCAACUCGAUCUUCGUCGCAUCCAAUGCACGCUAUGUCCUGGUCGUGCGGCCGUCUGGCGUGUUAGACGAACCAAGAUACUGCUCAGUGCAUUUGCGGCCACUGUUCUGGUCCAGGAGAAGAAGCUCAACCCGAAAGAUGUCAAAAUGUACCGUGGAAAGCGCUACGACAUAAAUCCCAGAUGCGCAGGGGCAGACAGCUUCACCGGCGCCAUAAGCAAUUUUCUCACCGGGCUUGUCGACAUGCCCGUCGACGCAGUCUACAAUAUCUCGCGUCCAGCUGCCGACCGUUUUGCGGAGAACUACAACUUACCAUCCUGCGAGGCGCGUAUAGCGAUGUUCACGCCGGCUGGCUCCGUCGCAGCCCCGAGUACCACCUCACAAAAGGAUCGUGUGCAAACUACUGAUGAUGUCAAAUCAACCUCUAGUUUGUCAUCUUCGACGACCACGCAAUCACAGGAAGGCACGCCCUCCAUGGCUGUCAAGCGAAAUCCAUUGCAGAGGAUAGUGAUAAACUCAAGUUACCUGGGUCGCAGGGUACUUAACUGGGUGGUCGAAGUGCCCAUGGGGGUCACACUGCUGUUUUCUCAGUUCACGCAUAAUGCCCCACGGUACUACAAUGACCGAACGGUGCGCGAGCUACCUGAGGUGAUCGGCGUGCGGUCGGGAUUCGUUGCGGCCGGAAAGGAAUUUGGAUACAGUUGGUAUGACGGCGUCACGGGUGUAGUAACGCAACCCAGCCGCGGGUGGAAAGAUGGUGGGCUUGGUGGAAUGAGCAAAGGCAUAGGGAAAGGGUUGGGUGGCUUGAUCCUGAAACCUCAGGCCGGUAUCUGGGGGUUGAUCGGCUAUCCGCUGAAUGGCGUACAUCGAGCCAUUGAACAUUCAUAUGGGGCGGACCGACAGGGUUACAUUGUCAGAUCGCGUAUCAGGCAAGGAGUGGCAGAAGCUAAGGCUGCGUCGCAGGAGGAGAGGAUGGCUGUGCUGGAGAACUGGAGCACUUAUGAGAAGGGGGUUCGAUUAAAGCAUGAGAGGAAGGCUCGCUGA